GGAGGCUCAUCACGGAGACUUGGGCCUUGUUCAUUGGCUCGGCGGGGCUGGACCGCCCAAGGCUGGAGUUAACGCGACACCCGCAGAGGGGGCUCCCGGCACACACGAGGAGCGUCGCUUUACCAGCUUCUCCUCUGGCCGCAGUGGUUUGCUCAGUCAGUAUUUGAACAAACCAAGUGAGGCUGAAGUAUCUGGAAAUUGUUUCCCUAUUGAUACCAAUCAUAACAAUGACAAGUCAUUUAAGAUAUCACAGUAAACAUUAAUGCAAGUUCUAAUGAAAUUAACCAAGGUUUAAAGGAUACAUGAUAUAACAAUAUGGCUUAAUAAGCAUGGUGAACAAGUAAGGUCUUCGUUGAUUUUUAUGUGAUACAUAGGACUUGUCAGGUUCUUCUGAAUAACUUACAGUCUUCAAAGAUGGAUACAAUGAAGUUAAAGCAUGAUAUUAAUCCUCUUCUUCUUCAUAUUAUAAACUUUGCAGUUUUGGUAUACACAUUUUUAACUUUUAUUCCAUGGUAUUUAUUUUCUGGAUCAAAAUCUGUCAUAACCAAAUCAAAUCAAAUUAAAGCAAAACCAGUGAACAGCACACCUGGAAAUGCAUAUAGAUCUGUUAAUAGUUUGCACUGCUUAGCAUCUGUAUUAUAUCCUGAAUGCGAUACCCUCGAUAAAGCUUUCAGAUAUGCUCGAAAUAAAUUUAAGGACAAGAAUCUCCUGGGGACAAGGGAAAUAUUACAAGAAGAAGAUGAAAUCCAACCAUCUGGAAAAGUUUUUAAAAAGGUGAUACUUGGAGAAUAUAAUUGGCUAUCAUAUGAUGAUGUUUUUAAAAAAGCUAAAGCAUUUGGUGAUGGAUUAAUAAUGUUAGGCCAACAACCAAAGACCAAUAUUGCCAUCUUCUGUGAAACUAGAGCAGAAUGGAUGAUUGUAGCACAAGCUUGCUUCAUGAACAACUUCCAACUUGUCACACUUUAUGCUACUCUGGGAGGUCCUGCAAUAGUCCAUGGAUUAAAUGAAACUGAGGUGACAACCAUUAUUACAAGCAAGGAACUGAUAGAAACAAAAUUGAAGUUCAUUAUUUCUCAGAUUCCUCUACUACGUCACAUUAUUACUGUAGAUGGCAAGCCAACAUCAUGGUCUGAUUUUCCAAAAGGUGUUAGUAUUCAAACGAUGUCAUCUGUUGAAGCUAUUGGAGAAAAAACAGAAAAUACUUCUUUCAAACAGAAGUUGAAACCAGUAUCAUCAGACAUUGCAGUUAUUAUGUAUACAAGUGGUUCUACAGGAGUCCCAAAAGGUGUCAUGAUCUCUCAUUAUAAUCUUAUUUCUAGCAUAACGGGGAUGGCUGAAAGGAUUCCAAAUUUGGGAGAGAAAGAUACCUACAUCGGCUACUUGCCCCUUGCUCAUGUUUUAGAGUUAAGUGCUGAACUUGUUUGUUUGACCCAUGGUUGCCGAAUUGGUUAUUCAUCACCUCAAACUCUAAGUGAUCAGUCAUCUAAAAUAAAGAAAGGGAGUAAAGGUGAUGUGUCUACAUUGAAGCCAACUUUAAUGGCAGCUGUUCCAGAAAUCAUGGAUCGAAUCUACAAAAAUGUUAUGAAUCGAGUUAAUGAAAUGUCCAGUUUUCAGCGCAAUUUGUACUUAGCUUAUAAUUACAAGAUGGAACAGAUUUCAAAAGGCUACAGUACUCCAGUAUGUGACAGGUUGCCUGUUUUCCGGAAAGUCCGGAUGCUGCUAGGUGGGAAGAUACGGGUCUUACUGUGUGGAGGAGCUCCACUUUCUGCAGCAACUCAGAGAUUUAUGAACAUCUGUUUUUGUUGUUCUGUGGGACAGGGCUAUGGCCUCACAGAAUCCUCUGGGGCUGGAACAAUUACAGAAGUUUGGGACUACACAACAGGCAGAGUGGGAGCACCCUUAAUUUGUUGUGAAAUCAAGCUGAUGAAUUGGGAAGAAGGUGGAUACUUUAAUACAGAUAAACCAUACCCUAGAGGUGAGAUUGUUAUUGGUGGUCCAAACAUAACUAUGGGAUACUACAAAAACGAAGAACGAACCAAAAGUGAUUUUAUGGUUGAUGAGAAUGGACAGAGGUGGCUCUAUACUGGAGAUAUUGGGGAAUUCCAAUCAGAUGGGUGUCUAAAAAUUAUUGAUCGUAAAAAGGAUCUUGUAAAGCUUCAAGCAGGUGAAUAUGUUUCUCUUGGUAAAGUUGAAGCAGCUUUGAAGAAUUUUCCCUUGGUAGAUAAUAUUUGUGUAUAUGCAAGCAGUUUCCAUUCUUAUAUCAUUGGAUUUAUUGUGCCAAAUCAUAAAGAACUUAAAGAGUUAGCAAGAAAGAAAGGAUUCAGAGGAACUUUGGAAGAGAUUUGUAAUAAUUCUGAAGUGGAGAAAGAAGUACAGAAACUUUUAGCUGAGGCUUCUAGAACAGCUAAUCUGGAGAAAUUUGAAAUUCCCCUCAAAAUUCGGUUGUCCCCUGAACCUUGGACCCCUGAAACGGGUUUGGUGACAGAUGCCUUCAAACUAAAGCGUAAAGAGCUUACUGCACAUUAUCAAGAAGAUAUUAAUCGAAUGUAUGGAACAAAAGUAAAAUAACUCAUCCCUCUCUUUUUCUCUCUGUCUUUUUUUAUUUUAUAUCACUUUGCUAUGGUGAGCUCAGAUCAAAUAGGAAAUACUUGAACUCUUAAGUCCUACCACUUGGGACCAACCUUAAAACAUCUCUCCUUCCUUUUAGCAUUUGCUGUUAUUUCUGAUAUCAUCACCAUCUUUAAACUUGCAGGAUUAGUAAAAUUCUAAGACAGCAAUUUUUUGUCUGUCUUCAUUUGUUCCAGUCUCUUGACCUAUCUUGUUAAUGUGCGGAUUUUCCUAUAAGUCCAUUUGUACUACCAUGAUUUUGAAGCCUCAAAUUUUUAAACCGGAUUUAUAGAUCCUGUAUAAUGUUCUGUUUAUUUGUAACUUUUUUGAAGUUUGGCUAAAUAGAGGAAGAACAUGGCUAUAAAACAAAUUAUUAUUCUAAGUCUUUUUUACAUGCAGAUUUAAAUAUUCAAAGCUAUCAAUGUGAAAUUAUGUACAAUGAAAUCAUUUAUAGUUGAAAAUCAUUGUUAGCUUGAAGAUGGAGGUUAUUUGUUGCUGUGCAAUUAUUUUGGAUCAAAUUAUAAGAGAAAUCGUCUGAGAUUCUGACUAAUAGAGAACAACUGAAAUAUAUGCCUGACAAUUUCCUCCUCCAUAUAUAUUUUAUUUUUAAUCUCAAUAAGGAAAAUGGUCAUGGCAAAUGCUGUAUGUGUGAGAACACCUGCAAAACAAAGUAUAUCAAUAUUUUACUUGUGCAGAGAAUGCUGUCACAUAGAAAAUGUUACAUCUGUGAAUCACCUACCUAACACAGGUAAUUCACUUUUCAAAAUGCAUUUAGACCAUUUCACAAAAAUUGAAUUAUCGAAACUAGUGAGCUCAGUUUUAAUUGAAUUACAUUUUGAUUGGUAAUGUGUUUUACUCAAUGGGUCUUUUAUUGUAUUGAUUGUAUUGUUUUACAGUUCAGGCCUAUUCCUUUGUGUGUGUAAAUCAACAGUUCAAUUAAAUAAAUUUAAAGUCCAUUAUGGCCAUUUCCUGCAUGAGUCACCUAAAAUGGAUCAGCAUUCUUGCAUACUUUUCAAUAGGGAAGAGGGUGUGGUGAGGUGGGAAAGUUCCCUGUAUCACUUUAUAAUGGAUUGUGUACUUGGAGUCUAUUUCCAUUGAACCAUUGUUUGUUUUUAUAUUCUCUUUGUUUUAACUGUCAUGAAUGAUAAUAGAAGUGACAUUUUAAUUACCUGGUUAUAGGAAUCUUGGUGGUAUUAUUUGGAAAGAAUGUUUGUAAACAAUUCUUACUAGUUAAUUAUGCUUGUGGACAUAAUCUAUGACAAUUUUCUUUGGAUUUCUAAACAUUGUUUUAUGCACUAUAUGGUCCCUUUGAAAUAGUACUGAACAUGUUUGGCUCUUGACCAUCUGCUGUUGUUCAUAUAGAUGUUUUUUGCAAAGCAGAGCAGACCUGACCCCAAACUGGGAAAAGCCCAGGUGGACAAGGAAAGUGUUUUUUUCUUGCCAUUCAAGAAAUGGUAUUUGUUCUCUUCUGCAUGAAUAUCUAUUUCAUGAUGAUAUAAAUUAGUUCCAUAUAUAUAAGGUCUAAAUAUGAGUUUUAUUUAUCCAAUUAUAUAGGCAAUUUUAGAACAUAAAACAUAUAUCUAAUGUUAUUUGCAAAUAGCAAAAUGCUUUUAUUUCUUUUCUGUGAUGCAACAAACUAGCACACCUUAUGAUUUUUAAUCUGCAUCUGAGUAAUGCGGCAAUGAUUACCAAAUUGUUUUGAAUACUGUUCAGCCAGCUUUAAGUACUUUUGAAACUUUUGGCUUCAGUUGACAAUUUAGUGCUUGUUGCUUCUUCUUUUUUUGUCUGAAAUGGUGGAUUUCCAAUUGUUUAAUUUUGCAUAGACUCUGCUAUUCUAUGUUUGCCACAAUAGCUUUUAUUUGAGAAACAAUACAAUUUGAUUGCCUUUUAAUUAGAAAGACAAAAAUUGUCUACAGUGGAACAUUUUCUUCUAAUAUGCAGAGAUUAGAACAGGAGGUUAUUUAUAAUGGUUAGUGCUUUAUUUUUUGGAAAAUUAAUCUGUACUAAGAGUGAUCUGUAUUGGGUUCCAGUUCAUGAGAACGUUAUUCUGCUUACCACAUAGAAUGAAAUUGGUCAGUGGAAAAAUGCAAAUUUAAAAGUCUCAUUAUUAAAUCAACAAUGUGUUUUUCUGUUAAAAUUCACUUUAAGUAUACUUUAUAAAAAAAAUGAAAACUAGGUGUGUGUUGUAAAAAACCCCUAAUUGAUAUUGUCUGGAUUUCACAUAUUUCUAGUUCUAUUAUAUAAAAACUGGGUGUGACAUUUGGAUGCAAAUAAUCAUCUGUUUUAAUAUUUGGAUUCUAUGGGGCUAAUCGCUUUCACUGAUAUUUCUAGAAUUGUUUAAAUUUAUUCCUCCAUUCGAAGGACUAUGUGAGGAAUUGAAAUAUGUAAUGGGAGUAACUGCACACUGUGCUCUUCCAUAUGUUUUCAGUCCCAGACUUCCUUGUGUAGAGGUUUACAACAAAGGGGGUAUAGAUGUAUGGGCUACAUAGAAUGUGGUGCAAUAUACACCUUUCUCUCCCCCUACAAAACUUAGAACCAUUAUUCAAAUAGGUUUACACUUUAAAAAUGCUUAUGAUAUAAUUUCCUCUACUGAGGUUCUUCACAUGGAAUUACAAUAGGAAAUAUCUCAUUAUUACUAUGUAAUGUUUUUAUGCCUGUAGUUUUUUGAUUGGGUAAUAAGCAGAUUUGCUGUAUUUAUGUUAAACCCUUAGGCUUUACAGAUGUGUGGGAUCAUUGACUUUUUCUCAUUGGAAAGAAUUAGUUUUCAAAGACUAAUUACAGCAGUAAAAGUGAUUAUGGUCAUCUUCCCAUUGACUUAUUGCCAAGGUAUAUUUGUUUCAUGUUUCAUCUCCACAAUAUGUGGACAAAAAUACAAUAAUGUUAAUGGGGGCAAUCACGUGCAUGUUUUUUGCCUUGUUGUCUUCCCUUUGAAAACGAGAUAAGAACUGAAAAGCUUGUUUCUUCGUCAAUAAAAUUUCAGUCUCUGGGUGUGGGUAUGCUGCAUGAAAGAGUCAAAGCACUACUUCCACCUAGUUUUAGUUCAUUUCACUUAGAUGGAAUCCCAUGGAAAUUCUGUUAAAAAUAACUAUAGUAGCAGUUGUUAUAUCCUUAGUGUCAGAAAACAGUUUUCAGUGGAUGCAGUUUACAGAUAGGCUACUUCUGUUUACCUCAGGGGAAACUGUCCUUUAGCAGUAAAAUAUUUUGCUGGAUUUGAAAGCUAUUUUGCCACAAUUGCUAAAUACAGUGUGCAGUUAAAACCAUAAUAAAGCCCUAUACCUGUGUUAUAGAUUCUCAUUUGCUUUAAACAAAGUUAAGAAAAACAUAUUUAGUUGAAACACAGAUGAGUUUCGUCCAUUAAAGCUUGAGAUUUUGUGCAAUAACUCAAGAAAAUUGAAAUCCUUUGAAAAUAACAUAACAAUAAACAAGUUUGUUUUUCUGUUUUUCAUUUCCACUUAUUUUUAUUUUUCAAGUAUAUUCAUUGUUAAUGUUCUUUUAUAUUGUAAAAAAUUAUUUGCAACAGAUAUCUUCUAACCAGGUAAAAAGAGGGGAAUUUAAGGCUGUAUCCAUAUUACAUCAAACUAAAAUGGAACUGGAUGACCAGUUGUUCUAGCAAUUGGUUAUUUAAUGUAAAUUCAUGAACUUGGUUAUUAUUAUGAAUGGCCUACAAUGUGUCUAUUACUACAGAGUUUUAUUGUAUGAUUAUUUAUUUUUCAUUGGACAUUUCAUUGGACAUUGGACAAAAUAAAAUUGAGUUUCACAAGUUUA